UCCCUUCAAAAACAAAAGCCACGUCUACUUUCGAACAUAUGAAAACAGAUUUUUGCGUGAUUUGAAGAUGCACAGGGUUAAAAGAAACCAUCAAAAUUUAUUUUCAAUUGCAUUUGUGAUUAUUCUUUCUGUAUUUUUACUGAGGUCAGGCAUUAACGCACAUGUCGACCACGGACAUGCUCAUUCGCAUGAGCAAGAGGAGGCCAAUCCAUCCUUUAAAUAUUCAAAGCAAGCAAAUGUAGAGCAUGAUCACGGACAUUCACAUGACCACAAUGAUCAUGGACAUGCACACGAUCAUGGACACACCCAUGACCAUGGACACGCACACGACCAUAAUCAUGGACACACACACGAUGCCCCUACGAAGUCAUCACAGAAAUCAACUGGUUUGGUACUUUGGUUACAGGCUUGUGGCGCCACAGCGCUUAUCAGUGUUUCACCAAUUGUUAUUCUUUUGUUUAUUCCAUUAGAAAAUGCAUAUGAUGCUAAAAAUCAAUCUUUACUGAAAAUUCUUCUCAGCUUUGCAUCUGGUGGCCUUCUUGGUGAUGCAUUUUUACAUCUUAUUCCUCAUGCAGUAUCACCACACUCGCAUGGAGAAGGUGAUUCCCAUGAGCAUGCACACUCACAUUCUCAUGGACAUUCUCAUGGAGAAGGACAUGAGCAUGGUCAUGAUAUGACCGUUGGAUUAUGGGUCCUUGCUGGAAUUGUAGUUUUCCUGAUGGUUGAAAAAUUUGUGAGGUAUGUAAAGGGAGGACAUGCUCAUUCUCACAGCCAUGCACCACCAAAGCCAGUCAAAGGCGAAAAAGUUGACACCAAGGAAUCCAAAAAGAAAGGGGAAGGUGAUGAAGAUGCAAAAGGCAAAGAUACUAAAGAUUCAAAGCAGAAAAUUGAAAAGACAGAAGAGAAACAAGUAACAGAACCUGAAGAUAUCAAAGUUGCUGGUUAUUUAAAUCUUGCAGCAGAUGCUGCUCACAAUUUUACAGAUGGAUUGGCCAUAGGUGCUUCCUUUCUUGCUGGUAGAAAUUUAGGAAUUAUUACAACUGUAACUAUAUUCUUACACGAGAUACCACAUGAAAUAGGAGAUUUUGCUAUCUUAGUAAAGUCUGGGUGCUCGAAGAAAAAGGCAAUGCUAUUACAAUUUAGUACAGCGAUUGGUGCCAUGAUGGGAACAGUUUGUAGUCUUCUAGCUGAGGGAGGAGGCGAUGCAGCCGUAGCAUGGAUCCUUCCUUUUACAGCCGGAGGUUUUAUAUAUAUUGCAACAGUAUCCGUCAUUCCUGAGUUGUUAGAAGAUACCAAACUAGGACAAUCUAUUAAGGAAAUAGGAGCAUUGUUAGUUGGUGUUUAUAUGAUGUAUCUUAUUGGACUUUAUGAAUAAAAUUUCAUUAGAUAUGUUAAGGAAUUUUAAAUUACUUAGAUAUUGUUUUUUUUAAUUUCGUUUUCAUCUAUUUUAUAUGUUUAAAAGACUAUUUUCACAGAACUUUUGUUACAAUUGGAUUUUUGACUGCUCUAUUACCUAUAACAAUAUUUUAGGGUAAUGAAAGUUAAGCUUGCCUGGAUCUGUUUUGAUUCAAAAGUAUGAAAGUUGAAUCAAAAGACUACUAGAUGUAGUAAUAGGUUCAAUACUAGUCACAAUUAUAGUUGUUUUAAAGCUUUAGUGUUUAUUAUUUAUGAUAGCCUACAUGUAACUGUCAAGAUAUAUAUGUAUAUGUUAGACAUUUUAAUUUAACUAAUGGUAUGAGGACUAAACUCUACAUAUACCCAGUUUUUGUAAUGUUGCUAAUGUCAUGAAUGUGCAAGUGAGAAAUUCAUACAAUUAAAACAAACUAACAUGCAUUUUGUAUGCAGCUAGUAAGAUAUACAUCUCUGUAGUCACCAGUUAAUGUAUCUGACAGCUUUUAUACUUAUCUUUAUUGAACCUGUUUGGGAAUGAAAAUUUUGUCUUAAUUUGACAAAUGAUCAGUAUCUACUGGUUAAAUAACUACAAGCAUUUAUGUAUGUCUUUAUAAGAUUGUAGAGUUUAUUUACACAUGUUUUACUGUAUAUUUCUUUUAUAAAACUUUAAUCUUACUUAUUAUGCUUACAACAAUUAAUUUUUGAUUACUAAUCAUAUCAAAUAUCUCAAUUGAUCUCAAUUAGGGAUUCUGGAUGAAAAGUGAACGUCGAGUCUGUGGCCACAUGUAAGCAAAAUUGUCUCUUUUAAAUGCUCUUUAUGAAGCAGUAUUCUUUAGAUUUACAGUAAAAGUAUUAUAUUGAUUGCUAUCAAAUCUCCACAAAAAAAUCAAAAUGUCUAUCAUCUAUUUUUCUUUCUUUGCAUUUAACAAUCAUGAUCAGUAACUCUAUAUACAAACUUCAAUAUAUACACAAAAUGUAUCCCAUUUUACCAAGUUAGGUAUAUAGCCUGUAUAAUUUCCCUGUGUGUUUUCUAUUCUAUCAAAUUGGUUGUUAGUGUUUGGUGCCAUAUGCUAAGGUGACAGCAGUCUCUUGCAAUUUCUGUUAUUUUUUUACAUUAAUCAAUUAAAAAUAAUAGUGCAAUCCUAUUUUUUCAUGUCAUUUUAAAAUGUAAAUUUUAGUGCUUUCACUAGAGCUUUGCGCUAAAACAAAUUCUAUCGGGGGACGAAGAAGCUAUUCUUACAACAAAUAAAAAUUCAGUGGUGCAUACAAAUUAGUUUAUGACCUUAUGAUAUUUUCAUAUCAAUGCAAUGCAACUUUACAUUGUAAAAGCAUAUUUAAAAAAAAACAUUUGACACAAUACAUCUACUGAAUUUAUUAGAAUUUCAUAUUUGUUAUGGUCUAACUUACUCACCUGUUUGAAACAUCUUGAAACUUGAGAGAACAGUUUAAAAAAUUCAUAUGAAAAAAAAAAAUGAGCAUGAGAACUCAUGAAUUCUGAAAAAUGUAUGUACUCGUGAGUUCUGAAUAAUGAGAACUCUAAACUAUUGUCAAUAAAAUGUAGAUACUCGUAUCUUUAGAAAAUGUCAUUCCUAUGCCAAAAACAUUCCAGUAGUCUUAUUCUGUUACAGGUAAAUAUUAACAUUUUUAAUUGCUCUAACCCAAUAAUUACAAACCUUAUUUCAUUUUGUAUGCUGUAAUCAAUCAGUAGUGAUUACACUUUAUAUUUUGAAAAUUGAUUAGUUUGAUAUUAUUUAGAAAAGCUGGAGAACUAUGGUGAGAUAAAAUAACAGAAAUGACACUCCCACAGAAAAGAUUACUUGAGAACAAUUAAUAUUUUGAUCAAGAAAAUUGGUCAUACAAAUUAUUUCAUUUAACAAGGAAAUGCAUCCGUUAUGUUGAUAAAAGUAUAUUUGUAUUUAAAUUUUGUAUGUUUUGGAUGUUAGUAAUAUGUACUGCACAUUUUCUUGUAAUGUUUUAUAAAUAGCAGUUAAAACAAUGUAUGUAAUAAUGUAUGGAUGGAUAUACAGUGUGAAAUAGAUUAAAGCAUUUAUUUGAAACAAAUAGAUUAAAGCAUUUAUUUGAAACUCUUGUCAUGAUCUGAGUUUUAUAAAGAAUGAAUGUUGUAACAUAUUAUCUUACUUGUUGUAGUUUGAUGAAAUAUGUCUUUUUGAGAAUGCAGUUGAGAACCAUGACGGAAAAUCCCAAUCAAUUCAUAAUAAGUUCUUUUUAACAUUUAAUCUUAUUUAAAUUACAUAUUUUUAUUUAUAAAAGAAAAACAUUUUUUCAUGUCGUCAUAGAAGUUAAACAUUGUAAAUGGGAGUGCACAAAACAAUUGAUUUUGUCUUGCCCAUUAAAAUAUGGUAUGUAAGACGCAUGUAUUACUUCUUUUUUUGCAGGGGCUGUAAGAAUUCGAAAGUACCCUCAGUUUCUCAUCCCCACUGUAACAUAAAAUAAGAAAUGUUUUUAUUGAGGUAGUUUAUGAUAAGACCCUUUAGUUAUUGGUAUUUGACCUUGACCUCAAUAUGUAGUGGUAAGGUUAAAAUUUCAAUUUAAAGUCAGCUUGUUCAUUAGUAUGCAGGAUAAGCCAACAAAAUUUGACAUUUUGAUUGAUUGUGAGGAGAUUUUGUAGGUCACACAUAUCUCACAUAGCCUUGACCUCAGUUUUACACUCUAGUGGUAAUCGGUCAAGUUGAGGCCUGUUUAUCAGCACUAUACAUGGUUAAUAGUUAACAAUAAUUAUUGGUAUAUUGAUAACUUGUGAAGCAUAUGUGUCUGUUUGACAUAUUUCCCCAGUGAUUCGGUUAAUUUUCAGGAUAAUGUGUGUAAGAGCACUUGCAAACAAUUAAUCACUAAAUAUCUUCUAUAGAAUUAGAUACUUUUUAUUUAUAGUACAUGCCAACAUUUUUUAAUGAUGAUGAGUGUUCAAUGGUGUAUUAACCACAGUGUAGUAACAUGUUGUAUAUUUAAUUUCAUUAUCUAUUUGUUCAUCAACCGAAAAGGUCGUUUAUUUUUGAGGCCCUUUAUAGCUUGCUGUUCGGUGUGAGCCAAGGCUCCGUGUUGAAGGCCAUACUUUGACCUAUAAUGGUUUACUUUUACAAAUUGUGACUUGGAUGGAUAGUUGUCUCAUUGGCACUCAUACCACAUCUUCUUAUAUCUACUUAGUGUUAAUUUUUUGCAGGCUUUCAGUAGUCGUAAUGAAUAGUAACAACCCCUACAGCCAAAAGCAGUUUAAAACUAAAUUUCGUAGUAAGGGUUAAGGGUUUUUUAAUGGUCUAUCAGCUUUAAAAUAAUGAAAUGUUAUUCUGAACGAUAUGUGUUUGCAAGGGACAUUAUUGUGACUGUUUUAUGAAAAGUUAUGAACUGAUUGUUAUAAGAAAAAUGAGUGCUUGUCAAAAUGAUACAGAAAUAAAAAUUGGGAAUGGCAAA